GUCACCUGUAAGUGAAAUGAACACCUGUUGUCGGUGGGCUUUUAAAAGGAAAACGCUCAAAUUUCAGGUAGUUUGCAACGCUACAAAGGAAUAAGGCCCGUUUUAGAUUUUCAGCCACUGACCCGGUGUCUACAAACUCGGGCACAAGUUGGACUAAUACUCGAGAAGGAUGUGUUUUUAAAAGCAAAAUCUGCCAGCGGCUGAAACGGAGCUACAGGUAAGAUAAAUUGAACAUGCUGCAGGUUGUAUGAGUGACAGAUAUGGGGUCGGCAAGAUCUUAUUUGCAGACUUUCACUGUGGCGGUGGUUAUUUGCCAAUUUCUAACCACUGAAGGUUUGACCUCUGAGGUGCAGGCAAAGGCUGGAAGCUCCGUGGAGCUGGAGUGCAGACUUCCGUCAUCAGACCCAGCAGUUGUGUCCUCUGCAUCCCAGCACGUGGUUGAAUGGAUUCGACAGGGAUUUGACAUUCCUGUUCUGAUUAAAUUUGGAUCUUAUGCACCUCGGGUACAUCCACAGUAUGAGGGGCGAGUAUCUCUGGUACGAAUCACCACCCUCAGGCUGGAGGGCCUGCUGCUCGCUGACCAGGGCUUGUAUGAGUGUCGAAUCCUCUCACUGGAUAAGCCAACAGAUGAGCUGCAAAAUGGCACCUGGACUGUACUUUCUGUUACUGCCCCACCCACCUUCACUGAACCCCCACCUCCUGUCCUCGAGGCUUUGGUUGGAAGUCACAUUUCUCUUUCCUGCAUGGCUAAUGGCAACCCUACUCCAGCCAUCACUUGGUUUAAAGACGGCAUUGCCAUUCCAAAAAAUAUUUCUGAGGAUGGAGUUUUAUCUCUGCGAGCAGUGAGCAUACAUUCAGCAGGACAGUACACUUGCCACGCCUCCAACUUUGCGGGAAACGUGACUUGCGUGACAAAAGUGAAGAUCAAAGGUCCGCCUGUCAUUGUCAUACCUCCCAAAAACACCUCUCUGAACAUGUCCCAAGAUGCACAUCUCCAGUGCCAGGCAGUGGCAGAUCCCCCCAACAUGACAUACGUGUGGGAAAAAGGUGGAGAAAAUGUCUAUCACAUAGAGUCUCUAAAGUCACGAGUGAAGAUCAUGGUAGAUGGGACUCUACUUAUCUCCAGGCUGAUCCCAGAGGACUCUGGCAACUACACCUGUGUGCCAACCAAUGGCCUGCUCAUGCCGCCAACUGCCUCUGCCAUCCUCACAGUGAUGCACCCUGCCCAGGCACUAAAAAUGCCCCAGGAAACAUACCUCCCCACAGGUAUGGAUGGUGUGGUUUCCUGCCCAGUGAUAGCUCAGCCCCCGCUGCUCCGUGUGGAUUGGAUGAAGGACGGAGAACCAGUCGACCUGUCUUUGUAUCCAGGAUGGACCUUAGCACCAGAUGGUUCUUUGUUCAUGGCGACUGUCAACGAUGAUGCAGCGGGCAUGUACAGGUGUACUCCGUACAACAGCUAUGGCACUAUGGGCACAUCUGGACCAACUAGUGUAAUUCUACAGGACCCCCCUUCAUUCAGCAUCACUCCGGAGAAACAGUAUAAAGUGGAGGCUGGUAGAACCCUGCUUAUCCCCUGUCAAGGAAAUGUGGACCCAACAAUUAAAGUGACCUGGAGCAAGGUCGGCCUGGCUCGUAGCGUUUCCUACUCCGUAGAACCGGAUGGUUCUUUGCUGCUGCAGCCUCUGACCAAGGACCACCAGGGGGUGUGGGAGUGCAGCGCUUCUAAUCGUGUAGCCUCAGUAAAGACCAGUACACACGUAUUUGUUCUGGGAACCAGUCCCCAUGCGGCUACCUCGCUGUCCGUGUCUCCAGGGGUGAAGCAGGCCAACAUAUCCUGGGAGGCAGGCUUUGAUGGAGGAUCAGCACAGACAUUUUCAGUUUGGGUGAAAAAGAUUUCAGCAAGUGAUGAUGAUGGGAAGCAGGACUGGUUCUCUGUGCCUGUGCCCCCCUCCUCUGCAACUAGGCUGCAGGUGACAGGCCUGUCUCCUUCCACCGACUACCAGUUCAGUAUCCUGUCUCAGAAUAAAAUGGGAACUGGCCCCUUCAGUGACAUCGCCACUGCACGGACUUUGGAUCCUCCACCAAGGAAAAACAAACUAAAGCCCCCUGCAUCGCUGUCAGCUAAUCGGGGUUCAGUAGGUGUUGUUCUGCAAUGGUUCCUUUCUGAAGCUCAGCACCCUCCCGUCACUGGCUUUGUUCUCCAAUCCCGCACCGAGCAAGGGGAGUGGUUUAAUUUGGACGAGGACAUCAGUGCCAACAGUAGCGAGAUAGUGGUUCCGGGUCUGCACAAGGACUGUGUGUACGAGCUGCGACUGCUAUCUCGACGUGGGGACUUGCUGAGCGAGCCCAGUCCAUCAGUCAAUGUCUCCACUGCAGGUAUGGAGAUCUACCCGUCCACUUCCCGGCUCCUGGAGUUCGUCCCAGAGUCGUUACUGGCCGGUGUCCUGGGUGGGGUCGGCUUCAUGUUGUUGGCCCUGGUCUUGCUGCUGGGGUCCGCCUGCAUCAUCAACCGCAAGAGGAACCAGCGCCGCAGAAAGAAGAGAGAUGAGCCCCCAACUGCCAUCUAUAAAUGCUCCCCAUCAAUAAAGACUUCAGGCACCAGCACUCCAGACAGUGUGCUGAAGAAAAGCCUGCUUCCAGCCAGCUCCCACUAUCCCACAUCUUCCUCUACCACCACCUCCUCUUCUUUGCAGACAGACUGUUCCUCAUUUAGCACUGAGAAUAAUAAUCGGAGGAAGCAUCUUAUGUCCAAGUACAGCAGAGACAGCCUCACUAAAACAACAUCUCUAAUUUCUCCUUCAAUUGAGAUGAUCUCUAGAGGCCCAGAUGGGCGAUUCACACUCCCACCGUAUGACACUGAGACUCUGAGUGUUCACAGCAAGAAAAGUGUAAGGUAUGACCAACACUCCAAAGUUCGAAGGUCUGUGUCACUGCACUCGGAAAAGGAAGACAGGAAAGAGUGUCCAUUUGUGCUUUCUGUUGAUCUCCCGCCUUGCAAGAAGUCAAGUUAUGAUGGCUUUCCUGAACUCAGCAGCUUGUGCUCUGACAGUAGUUUGGCCACUAUUCAUCAUCAUGACAGAGAAAUGACUCCCGUAUUUCCAGUGCUUCCACAUAUCCGAGCUGGCCUUGGUCAGCCAUCUACAACUGCAAGCGCUCUGGUGCUCCAAAUGGAACAUGAGAGGGAAAGGGGGAACCUGCACCGCUGCCUGAAGCUGGCUCAGGAGAGGGAGGAACUAGAGAGGGAGCUGCAGUGGUACACGUUAGAAAGAAACUCCACAAAGCACGAGCAGUCAGACUUAAAGAGGAGGGAGGAUGGUGGCAACGAGCUUUUAUGGGAAUACAAGAGCAGCACCUUGCCACACAGAUACUCCCUAGCCAGCAAGGAGAACCGUUGUUUCUCACCAAGCUUUUUAUCAUCAUCUUCUUCCUACUGGGAAACGCAUCCUCUUGUUUCUCCACCCACUUUGAUCCAAUCCAGGACCCAUCUCAACGCAUCAUCAGCUGCAGCUCCCUCAUAUUUAAAGUCCAGCAAUUGUCAUUCUUCUCCGUUUUUGCCCAAACAGACUUCCUUUCAAUCUGAGGAGGCAGGCAGUUUUUCGAAAGCCAGAUUAACUCUCCCACAUCUUUCCCUAGAGCACCAGAGACAUGAAAGAGCAGGGGCAGCACCAGAAAGCUAUAAUGAUUCACCACAAUCCACAGGCCUAGAUAUGCAAACAAAUGAUUCAUGUUCUGAGACUCAGAGACAGAACAAUCUUAGUCAUGGCAGCCUUUCAACAUUGUCUUUCUACAGCAAUAAAUACACUGAAAGAUCUAAUUCAGCUCUUGAUGCGUUGCCAGGCUCUUCAAAUGUGGAGGUAGUGCUCCCCAAACCCACUGGUGAAGAUUUGUGUGUUGAGAUGAGUGUAGAUGAGCCACACUUUGAGAUGUGUCGUGUGCGGCCUGCAAAGCCAAUGUUGCACCAACGAAUUGCAUCUCAUGUUCAAGGGCACACACUGACCCGCAGAGGUCGGCAUCAUGAUAUGAGGAGGAGCACAAGCUUGAACUGCCGUGGCCCUGUUUCUGUGGAUGAUAUAUUCAGGGUCCCAGAUUCUUCGCAACCUUUAGAACCACACAUGUUGAAAGCUCCGAGCCAAGGCUCUAAAAUAUCACUCUCUAAGCAGCGAAGUCAGAGUCUAGACUUGAGAAGACGGAAGGAAAGCAAUUUCCUGACUCCUGAUGCAUGGAUAGACUCUCUUAGCCAAGAAAACUGCUCUGCUCCAUCAUCUUGUCCUCCAGACUCGCUGUUCUGGAAACCUCAAAGUGCUCCUCCUAGGAAGAUUACCAGCUCUCCUCCAAAUGAUCAUGCAGAUACCAAAUAUGCCACCUAUUUAACUCCUGCUGCUGCUGCUGCUGACCCUCUAUUUUCAAUGAGCCGUCCAGAAAGGCCCACAACAAAUCCUAAUGUGCCUUGUCAUUACGAACCAAGAAGAGAGACCUGUCUUGUACCCAGUGCUGCCACAAUGCCAGGGGACUACCAGGAGGACAUGGAACAGGAGGGAGGUUAUUUGGAGGCCGUGAAAGGAGCCGCUAAAUGCUUACUGCCCAACACCGAUGCUCACGAGGUACUGGAAUUGGAGGCAGGAGGCUACGAUGGAGUGCCAGAGUCUGGCAGCAGCUACAGCAGUUAUGCCAGCAGUGGCCUAGGAAGCAUGGAGCCCAGUAAUGGGCGCCUUUCCAUGUGUCACCUUUCUCCAACACUUAUAAGCUCACCUGAGACUAUAGAGGACACCCAGGGGAACACACAGGACAUACAAAAUAACAAAAUGGAACCAAGCCAAAGGAGAAAGGUCUCUGUCGAUGAGAACUACGAGUGGGAUGCUACUGAUUUCUGCUCACAACCUGCUGACCAUCACGGCCUGUUUCCUUCGCUGAAUCUGCUGAAGCCUGAUCCGUGCCGCAGCCUACCCAGCAUGCAGCGCUCCACUAAGGCACUGAAAAAUUGCAGUCAGGUUUCUCGGCUCCCAGGGCAUCAAAGCAGCUGCUCUGCUGAGCCAGAACCAGACACUGUGCUGUUCUGACAGUGCCAGCCUUUGGCUCGUCUCACCUGGUGUGUCCUUUCACUUACUGACUCGCAUCAAUGUCGACAAAAAAGUGCAUGUGGCAGAAUAUGAGCCAUUGUGUGAUCAAUUUUAGUUCCCCUUUCAAUCAAAAAAAAAAAGGAGAAAAAAAAGAGAGACGCCAGUACAGAACUGCCCUUUUUACUAGACUAUUCUCUUUGCUAAGCUCAACUGAAAAGAAUCAUUUUCAACACAUGUAGGUCCCAGUAAAAGUAGUAGAGGCAUAAAACCAUCUCUAUCUUUAUGCAAUGCUUUUAAACUUUGUUUCUCUUUGUGACCCAUAACUAUCAUCCUUUCGACAUUUUCUUUUGAGACUGUCUGCCAAUCUACCAAUAUCAAAUCUGGUCACCGUGUUUUCUUGUGCACUUUGAUAUGCAUUCAUCAUCCAGGGAUGACUCAGUAACCAAACAAAAGACAAAACGAUCACAGUCAUUAUCAAGUUACUGGUCUAUGCUGGGAUAGAGCUUUCAAUAUUAUCUAUCACCUUUGAGUUUAACAGCAGAUAUGAUAAUGAAAUUUCAUCCAAUAACGAAGAUGACUAAAAUACAGAAGGUCAUUCAGCUGCACUGUUGCACAAUUUGUGUAACCAUCUUUCUAGAAGUAUAAUUUCCCAGCAGAGAGUGAAUUUUUUUUUUUAGAAUCCCAACAUCUACUCAGUGUAGUGAAAGGCUUCCUCACCAUGCUGUCUCCUUGUUCAGUGCAGCAAGACCAUUAAUUAUCUUCAGUAAUUGAAGAGGGUCAUGUUAGCUAAGAUCAUGUUUCUUCUUGUUUAUUUUUUUUAUGGUCAUAAAGGGAAAUUAGCCUUAUUAAAUUGUGUUGCCUAAUUUGGCAAGGGUCAGCUCUGACUAAUCAAUGUUUUUUUUUUUCCUGCCAGCAACACGUGCGUAAAAAACACUUGGGAGAUAAGAGUGCUGCUGAAAAGUGGCCCCAGUUAAAUGCUUUGCUUGUCAGAGUGUAUUUUUACACAUCCAGUCAAAUAGUUUAUAAAUACCAUGGUGCAAAACGCACUUCUAUGAAUAUGUUUUCAAUGUCGAAAAACCAAAAUCCAAAACAAAAACUCAGAGAUCAUUAUAAUUUACCUUUAGAGAAGGAAAUUAAAAUUUUGCAGUGCUUUAUGAUGUUCUUAUUACACAGUGAUUGUAGUUUUUAAUAAGUAAGAAAAGAAGGUUCAAUUAAGAGUAUAAAGUCGUGAGAAAGUUGUAUUUUUCUUAAAAGCUGCAAGAGAUCAGACUGGUGUAAUGUAAGUCUGAAAAGCACUAAAACACAUGAAGUUUUAUUGAAGCCAAAUUUUUAUUAUUUAAGCCAAACUCUUUUUGGAUAUUGUGCUUUUAUCAGUGGAUACUAGUCAUACUUCUGUCUGAGCUGUAGGACUGCAAAUUCUGUUGUAUGAAGGUCUUUUCCCCCGUUCCCACUGCAUGUUGCUUUUUGUUUAAGUUUAGACUCUCUUCUACACUGACUCACACAUUUGCACCGCUGGUGACCAUUAUGCCCAGAGACAUUUUUAGCCGUAUGGUGGGUAAGCUAAAGGAUUCUGCAGAGCAUAGAGAAGAAGAACAACACUGAAAUCCAGAUACUGAAAGAAAUUUGCAGGCUGAAUGUGUACAAGGACACUCAUCUAGGGACUGAUGUGCACUUUUAUAUCGAUGACUUCUAUGUUAGUCAUUUGUUUAGCCCAGGAAGAAUGACACACUUGUACCAGGCUUCAGUAACAUGAGUAUCAGAUAUUAUUUUGAUUAACAAAAAGAACAAAAUGUUAUUAAAGCCAGUGGUUGUGAGCAAUGCAAGGUUAAUGUUUGCUGUUAUCUUUUAAUAUGCCUUUCAAUGGAACCCUAUUUUGCGGAAAAAGAAGCAAUGCUAGCUUUCGACGUGCUGGUGGUGCUAAGAAGUUUAAAGAGUUUGCUGUGUUUUAACGCAUAGUGGAACAAAUUCAUAACAUAAAAAAAAAUCUGUUUUAAUUAAUGUGUGGAAUAAUUCCCAUAUCAAAUUGUAAAAACAGAUUUUUUCCAACCUCCUUUUCCUACUGCAGAUUGUUUUUUUUUUCCCCUGGAGGAUCAAACCAAGCACAAAUGCUUCACUGUUUCUGUAAACCUACUGAGAAAAAGAAAUGCACCCAUGCCUCACGCUCUUUUCUUCACGAACAAUGGAGGAAAGGAAAAGAAAAAAAAUUGUUUUGGUUGCUGAACCUCUAUCUUAAGGCCUGCACAUUAGUCAAGCAAAUAAUUAACUCAGAACUCUGCAGUGUACCAAAGCAUUGUGGGGUAUCCAUCCUAUAAUUGAAAUUCACUCAUAACAGCUACAUUUACUGCAAAUCAGUGUUUCACUUCUGUAGAACAUUUUCAUUUUCUGGUGUGCGUAUUGUACCUCAAGUCGGGAAAUGAUAAAAUCCUAAGUGCUUUGCAGACAAUUUGUAUUCAGCACCAGCUUUUUCUGUUUGUUUGGGUUUUUUUGCCCUACCUUUACAAGUAUAACUAGUGCAAAAUAGGUGGUAAUAUGUAACAUAUAUAUAUACAUUAGAAAAUGGAAAACACAACACUGAAAAGUGGUAAUGAAGCAUAAUAAUACUCUUUUAAGGAAACAUAACCUGUUCACAAAGAGUUGUGGAUAAUAGCAAAGGCUCAUAAAGCUGAUUGUUAUACUGCUACCUUUUUCAGUUAUUGUGUGUACUUAGGAGGAUUAGCUUCAAUGUGAGCUCUCGUUUAUUAUGGCCAUUAAGAAGUGAAUGAAUUAUUUGCAAAUGCCAGGAAGUGACUCUCCAAGCUAGAAACUAAUCAAGGUCUCACUGAAAGGAGAUGUCAUACACAAACCAGAAAAAGGUGCUUACAUCCCCUCUAUAAAGUUGAGAUAGCUAGAAAGUAACUGGAGACUUCAUGUUUAUUGAAUAUCAAAGUUAAACUUACAAUCACUGGAUGCUCUGCAUUUAAAGCAACUGUGUGAUUAUACAGUGAAUGAAUACUGAAAUGGCAACGAUUUGUAGUAUAAUGAGUUAAGUUCAGCCCGUAUUGCAUUUUGGCUUGUAGUCUAAGAAACACUACAUAUAUUUAUGGCUUUAAGGGCUAUGGUUGUAACAUUUUCACAUGUUUAAUUGAGUUCCACUUAGAUUCAAGUUUGCCAAAACACAUUUGUCAUCUUUUUUGCUGUAACAAGUCAUAGAAAAUAGUCUUUUGUACAGCACUGACAGCUUAAAAUAUACAUUAUGCAAAGCCCAGAUAAAAAUGGAAAGAAAAUGCAAAUAAGCUCCUGAUUAUGAACCAGUGUCCUUCUAAUGAUCAGAAACACCACAAACUCUUAAAGAAGAAAAAGUUGGCAAAAACUCUGAAUUAAUCAAUUCUUCAGGUUUUACAAAGCCCCUGAAAAUGUGGCAUCAAAUCCUAGAUAUUGUUCUAUAAAAAGAAAGACUGAAUAGCAAAAGCCAUGUGAGACUGCAUACCACCGGCAAGCCCCCCCAAAACCCCUCUUCAUAAAUCCACGAACUACGUCCUUAGAUGGAAAAUGCAGUUUUAAUUUUCCUGAGAAAACAUAAUGAUUUCCAAUUCUGUUAUUAAAUUUUUUACAUACAUUUGUGAGUAUAUGUGAAGUGUUCACUGUUGCCCUUCCUUGCCAUGGUAAAGUUAAUCCCUUCUUAGGUCCCUGCCUUAAGCUUGGUUAAAAACUACCAGGCAAGCUGACAACAUAAUAUCUUACCUUUAUCAUUAGCAUAAUCAGUUAUGAUAACGAUGAUAGAUUUUGUUACUGGACAACAGCAUAAAUCAGCUAUACUAAAUAGACCUUAAAAUUUUGUAUAUAUAUUGCUUUUCACAGAGACUAACUUUCUUCUCACUCUACUUCCUUUGCACAAUGUAAACUGUAGAAGCAAUCUGUGAUGACGUACAAAUAUUGAGUUCCAUUCUGCUCGUUUGACACUGAGUGGGCAACUGACUUCACUGACUGAUAAAGUACUUGUAUUACAUAUGAACCAGCUUCCAAUUAUACUAAUGGUAUUAGUGCCGCAGCACCAGACAACCUCCAUCCUGAGAAAACGAUCUGAGGUAAUGUCACAGUCAUCUUUUUUAAUCCUCGGCAAUUCCAUUUAUUUAGACUUUUAUAUCGCUUUGACAUCAGAGAUUAUGGGGUGGGACAAACACGUAUUUCUUGUCUCUGGCUGCGGAGUAAAGAUUUCACAAUGCAAAGAGCAAACACUGAAAGCAUUAAUGAGUGUGUACAAGUGCAGCCUGUGCACAGGUAGUUCAACAGCUUCUUCAAAAAGAAAACACGUGUAGCAUUCAGAUGACAAGAACUUGACAUAAUUUUACCAGAGUGGUGUGAAUUAAUCAUUUGCACAGUCUCUGACUUUAGGUAAGAAAGGAAUUGUUCGACAAUGUAAAGACUGGGCUAUUGAUUGGAUGCUAAAUGUGCUUUAUAACUUAAAAUUCUUUGUAUAAAUUAACCUCCUCUGAUGGGCUGAUUAGUUACAGAUUCUUGUAAUUAACAUAAGCUAUUAAUUAUCUUUUAAUUAAUAACCCUAUAGUAUCAUUACAGAGUUCUCUAUUCUUAAAUUGACUUCUGACUUGAUUAGAAACAGAAUUUCCUGGUUGAUUUUGGCAGUAACUGUCAUUUUAGGUGAUAACAGCAAGUGUUGUAUUGCACUUGAUGUAUUAUACUACAAUUCCAACGCUAGCCACUGUGCCGUAUCAUAGUAGCAACUACUAAUUGAAGCAGCAAAACAUGUUGAUUUAGCAAAAUCUCUGAUUUAUUUUAGCAGUAGUUGGCCUUCUUGUUUUAUUAUUCCCUACAAUAUUUAAACAGAUCUACCUUUAAUAGUGGUAAUUCUUAAUUUAGUUUCACUAGUUUAAUACUUUUGUUGUGUAAUAGUGGCAGCUGUCAUGAAUUUAUGAAAAAUAUUGUCUUAUUUCGUAGCCAUCUUAACCUUGUUAUGACAGUAUUUUUGGAAACUUGGACGCAAGAAGCAAAUAAUCCAACUAGCUAUGAGUGGCCCCUCUUACUUUGCCACACAGGUGUCAGUCAUUUAACUUAAUAUAAUUUCAUUGUGGGUGCAAAGUUAUUGAUUGCAGCAACUUUUCAAAAAGACCAAUUUCACGUGGAAUCUAUUUUUUUCUCCAUUAUCUUAAGUGGCUCACUCAUGCCCACCUCAAAGCGCAAUUACUGAAGGGGCCUAAGAGUGAUCUUCAGUUGUUUUACCUGGAGGCUCAAUUAAAAGUUGACAGUGUGUACUUUUUAAAUCGCUAGAGGAAACAUGGGUUUACAACUAUGAUUAGAUAUAUAAUUAAAAUAGACAAAUAGGUCACCCUGAGAUUAAAGUUCAUUGUAUCACAACUCCUGUCAGUUAACAAGUCAUUUAACAAGCAGAAAAGCCAAAAAAAUCGACUGGUUUCUCCUUUUCAAGUGUUGAUGUGUUUAUUUUGUAGUGUUACACUGCUGUAAAUCUGGGCUUAAGCAAGCUGGAUAAAACAAGCAUAUAUAAUAUCUAUAUAUAUCGUGCACGUGUGUAUGUAUUCUAUAUUUAACAUGACACUGGGGAAAAAAACAAAACAUUUGAUAGAUAAUAGUAAUGAAGAUAACUAGAUAUUAUGUUAUAGAGCUACAAAAUGAAACAAACAUCCCACGUAAAAUGCAGGUUAAUACUUUCUAGCUUCAGUGUUCUAGCAUUUUCAUGCUACGACAUCCAGGUUUUUAGACGUGCAGACAUUCAUAAUUAUUUUUUUGUGCUUUUUCAUCCUUAAGCAAACUACAGCAGGUAUUUUAUUUUGCAUGGCAGAACAAAUGAGGAUGGCAAUUAAUGCUUGUUGUUGAGGAUAAGCUGUGGCUAUUAUCUCCUGCCAAGUGUAAAAUUAGUGCGAUUAUCAGCAAUAUUACCAUGGAAAUAUAGUUGGACGUGGAUCAUUUAAAGAUGGAAACCUAAAUGGGACUUUUUCAAUCAGUCUAUCUACACAUCCAGCAUUUAGCCUAAGAGGCAAGAAUUCACAACAUGUCAGCAAAGUUAAUUACCUCUCUGAAUGCCUCCCAGCAGAGAGUGGAAUAAUAGCAUCAGGGGAGAGAAUGACUUUUCUCCUGUUGUAUUGCUUUUAUUGUACAGCACAAUCUUUCUUAACCCCUAUUUCACUUUAAUUAGGCAUUUACCCAAGAGAAAGAGGUUUUGCAAAACAUCUGUGUUCUUGCUAUCCCAAGGGCAAUAACCUUGCAGUGGGUGUUUCUUAUUCUCUCAUUGAUUACAAAGCGUGUUCAUCCAGAAUUGAUGACCUUAUUAUAUGGGGUGGUUUAUUAUGUCCUUGAGAAGAAACAUUUACCAUAAAGAUAAGUAAGCCUAAUUUUCCACAGCCACUAUUGAUGUGAUAUAGCACUUUUUAGGGCUUUGAAAUAUGACAGUUAUAUUUGACUGAUAUUUAAUGGAUUUCUUUUCAUUAACUGAAUUAACUGUAUGCGAGACUUCUGAAGCUAAGACUCGAAAAAUGGAGACUUAUUUUUUUAUGAGGAAAAUAUAUGCAUCUAUAUUAUUAAAAGGACAAUAUAUCGAUUUAUAUGGUUGAAUUUAUUUUCAUUUCAACAAUUAUGACUGAUAUGAACCUUGUGAUAUGUGACAUGAACCUUAUUAAAAAUGUUGUCAAAGUUGCAAAAGUGACUGUAACUACUUAACAGAGUUCAUCUUGAUGUUUAAAUAAUAGCUGAAGAUUUCUUGUUUAUUUUCUCAUGAAAAAAUAUGAUCUAUAGUUAUUUGCUCAGUUUUGAAAGUUGUAUUUUAUGUCAGACAUUCAGAUUUCUGUGUAAAUAUUUGAUUAUAAUAAUGUUUUAUCAUAUUGUGAUUUUGUUAGUUCACUUUUUUUUAAUGUUAUAGCCAUUUGUGUGCAAAUGAAUACUAUGUUGAGGUCCUUGCCUCACCGGUCAUAUUUUAACAAACAAUCCUGAACCAUUUCACUGUUUGCCAUUUACUGGACAAAAGGUGUUCACACACAUUGGAUUGACUCUCCCACAGCAGGAAAGUAAAAGUGAAUUCUUAAACUGAUUUGCAUUCUCUUUUGCUCAUUUUGAAUGAUUUGCAUGCAUAAAUGCUUUCAAAGUCAAUUGAACUUUGUUGAUCCAAACCUUUUGAAGAAUUGGGCUUUCUGGGAGAACUAUGACUGGCAUAGAAAUUAAACCCAAAGUAUAUUCCCAAACUAUAAAACAAGUGCAAGUACUUGUUGAGAAAGUUGAGCUUUUUAGUUUAACUUUUGGAAUUUUUGUGUUUAAAGUUUAGAGCGUUUGGUUUGUAAGCCUCAGAUGACAUGACUCAUGUUUUCAUCUGCUUCUUUCCAUCUCAUCUGGAGUUUGAUCAUCAUAGAUCACUAAGGAAGACGAUCUAAAGUCAAAAUACCUAUACAUAUCUUACUGUAUCUAUAAAUAAAGCACAUAAAAAAUUUGCAGAUACCUUUCGACUGCACUUCGUUUCAGUUAUAAUUUAAGAAAUAUUGUUAUUUUCA